AUGCGGCUCCAAAGAUUGGCCUUUUUCGUCGCCCUCGGCAACGUCGUGAAUGCUUCCCCUGUCUCGGUCACAACAGCGCAUCCGGCGGAACCUCAACAAGUGACUGUUCACAAGACAGAAACGGUGCACGUCACCCUGCCACCAGAGAUUGUUCACAAGACGGAGACGGUACACGUUACCCAGCCACCGGAGACGGUACACGAGGUCGAGACGGUGCAUGUUACCCAGCCAGCAGAGACUGUUCACAAGACGGAGACGGUACACGUUACCCAGCCACCGGAGACGGUACACGAGGUCGAGACGGUGCACGUUACCCAGCCACCGGAGACCGUCCACGAGGUCGAGACGGUGCAUGUUACCCUGCCACCGGAGACUGUCCACGAGGUCGAGACUGUUCAUGUCACGGAAGAACCACAAACGGUCCACGUCACCGAGACUAUCCACGCCACCGAGACCAUUCACGUCACUGCGCCCCCGCAAGUUGAACAUGUGACAGCGACAGAGACUAAGACCAAGGUCAAGAAUGUGGUCGAAACGAAAGUCCAGGAGAAGCUUGUCACCACAACCGUCGAAAAGCCUGUCACCGUUGUGGAGACCUCUGUGGUUGAGAAGCCUGUCACUGUCGUGGAGACAGUUCAUGAGCCCGUUGUCAAGCACGUUACGGUGACAGCGGAGAACCCCCAUCCAGUCACCGAGACGGUACAUGUCACGCUCUGCCCGAGCACCCCCAGCCUCGUCCACGCGUACGGCACGCGGGCUUCGGAGAUCUCCACGUCGCCGGGGACCAGCCCGCCCGGCAGCAAGGACCACGGGCCCUUCCAGCGCUUCGUAGGCCUCGACGGCACCAGCAUCUGGGCGGCGGCCACGUCUGGCCCCAGCGCCGUGGCCAUUCACCUCCUCGCCUGCAUGCUGGCCAGAGUGUGGACUCCUGCCGAGGCGGUCUCCAUCUGGGAGGAGCUGGUCGCGGAGCGCAAGAAGACCCUGGUCCACGUUGAAGAGCUCACCGUCACCAAAGAGCAGCUUGCGGAGUGGGACGCCAACGCUCGCGCGUGGCUCCGCGCCGCGGACGGAUCCCGCGCCGUUGCGAGCCAUCAGAAGAACCUCGUCAAGCUGCUGAACCAGCUGAGCCUACCGGUCGGCAGUCAGUCCAUGGUGUACGAGAACGUCUGCAAGACCUGGGUCACGGCCCUGAUGACCGUCGACAAACUCGUCCAGGGCCAUCCCUAUAGCGCACAGGACGGCGCUGUCUUGCUCGCGCUAUCCUCGUGGCACCUUUAUCCAGACCUCAUCGUCCUUGGCUCCUCAACUCAGGAGCUCCGUCUCGGGGACGACCUUAUCGCACCCGGCGGCGCUCUGACCAUCGGACUGCAGAGCUCUGAUUCAGAUGCGUUCAAGGGUGUUCACUGGUCACUUUCCUUGGCCCACUUGCGAUACUACGGCGCUCCCGUCCUCGCUUCAGGCCAGAAUGGACGCCACAUCCAGCAGGAUGACCUUUUCCCCGUUCCUGUUGGUGGUGCUGGGUGCUCUGAUGGCCUCUUGGGGCUUGUCGACCAGCCAGAUCCAUGA